UCAACUACGGUUUCAACUAUAAAAGUACUAUCGGAAUACGUAGAGUUGAGUGCGUACAAAUUUGUUAACCUGAUCUUUUGCAUCGGACGUCAUAUUUCUUCCUAAGUAGGCGAACUGUGAAUAAUAAAAGCAAAAACACAUAUUAGAUAUAUUUCUUAGACGUUGGUAUACUCCUAAGUACACAGAUAAUGCAACAUGGAAAAACAAAAGCGAUAUACAGUGUAUUCUAAAACUUACUGUUAGUACUGAGAAUAUCGUUGUGUCUCUGUUUACCUACAUGCAAUUGAGUGAAACAACCAUAGCUCCACAAGUUUCAUUAUGCAUGUUAUGUAGUAUUUUGAAUGGCUUUACCAAGUGCAGAAGCACCUGCAAAAUGGAUAUAGAAGAUUCAUCAGAAGACACAAUAAACAUGGGAGAGGCUAGAGCAGAAAUACCAAUGUUGCUGAAUGAAAAUACAUCAUUAGCACCAGUAAUUAUCGAGGAGCUUGAUGAACAUGCAAUCACGUCUAUGAAUGUAGACAUGGGUGAAUUCAUAGAAGCUGAAGCAUUGAAAGUUCAUGAAGUGAAUGAAGAAAUUGCUUUGAGCAAUACCAAUUCAGAGACAUAUCACAGUGGUUCAGCAGGAGAAAAUAUGUCAGACACUGAAGAACAAGAUUCUUUAGCUGCUGCUGAGGAGGAUAAAUUGACAAAGCAAUUUUUAAAUGGAGAAUUAACAUUUUCGGAAUAUUCCUUAAAAAUGGAUUAUGCAGUCGAUCCAGAGGCUCUAGAGUCAGAGACGUCUAGAAAAGCAUUUGAAAGUGAAUUAGCAUCAAGCAAGCGAAUUGGUAAAAAUAGAUUCCAAAGAUCAGCAAAUGAGUCAUCAAUACGUCAAAAGCGUAAGAAAAGAAUUCUUCCUCCAGCUUUACAAGGUCUUAUGGGUGAAGCAAACGUGCGGUUUGCAAGAGGAGAAACUCAAUUGGCUGCACAAAUGUGCAUGGAAAUAAUUAGGCAGAUUCCCAGUGCUCCAGAACCAUUCCAAACACUAUCCAUGAUUUAUGAAAACGAUCAGCCAGAUAAAUCACUACAAUUCUCUUUGAUCGCCGCUCAUCUAAGUCCCAGGGAUGCUGAUCAAUGGAUCAGACUUGCUAGUCAAUCUUUGGAAUCUGGAAAUAUAAAGCAAGCAAUAACCUGCUACACAAAAGCCAUUCAGGCAAAUCCUAAAGAUGUGGGUGUAUAUGAUCUACGUGCAAAUCUUCAAGAAGAAAUUGGAGAAAAACGAUCUCAUAUAAAAGGGUAUAUGAAAUUGUUGCAUCAUUUAGGACCAGAAGAUGGUGAAAAUGUCGUCAAGUAUGCUAAAAUGUUAGCCAAACGUCUCAUGCAAGAAAAUAAUAACGAACAGGCAUUGGAGGCAAUGGGACAGGUUUUUUCAAAAUGCUCCAACCUUGUUACUCUAGAGGAAGUUAAUGUCAUGACAGAACUACUCAUCGCUUUAAAACAAUUUCAUAAAUGUCUACAUAUACUGACAAAAUACACAAGAAUACAAGUUCAUUAUAAGAAGUCAAAUAGUUCUGAAAACGUGAAAAAAUAUAAUAUCCAAGACUGGCAGACUCAGAACCAUGAAGAUAAAAAUAUGGAUCAUGAUGCAAAAAAGCAAAAUACUGAGGAACUCGAACAAGAUAUUGAAUCUUGUCAGAUUCCAGCUGACGUGGUAGUGGAUCUGAAAGCAAAACUGUUGAUUACUUUGAUAGAAUUAAAUAAAGUAAACAUUGCUGAUCAACUUUUACCUGAGUUAAUGCUCAAUGAAGAUCCUGAGGUGUCUGGUGAUCUUUUUCUAGACAUUGCCGAGGCUUUGAUGGGUAAAAGGGAAUUCGAAAGAGCCCUUAUUUUAUUACAACCAUUAGUAGAUAGCAAGAACUUUAGUUUAGCUGCUGUGUGGUUGAGACACGCCGAAUGCUGGGUUGGCUGUAAGGACAUUAAAAAAGCUAUACAAUCUUAUGAGAUUGUUAGAAAAUUAUCUCCUCAACAUUUAGAUGCUAGACUUGAGUUAGCUAAACUAUACAAACUCAAAGGACAAUUUACAGAAGCUAUAGAAGUUUUAAAGCAGGAUCCUAAUGUUGAUGUUCUGGAUCCUGGAGUUGUGUAUCGAAGGACACUGCUGCUGCGUAGAGUAAAAAAAUAUGACGAGUACUUCCAGUCAGGAAUGUUACUUUUAUCAAGGCACUGUUUAUCUCUGAGAUCUAGAUCGGAAUUAUCUACAUUGACCAGAGCUAUUGGAGUACGUCAACGUUUGGAAGCCUUGAAGCUCUAUCGUUUAUCUCGUGGUGAGACUCUAGAAGAGGAGAAUGGACCAAUAUUUUCAAAGGAAAACGAGCCCAGUUUUCGUAACGAGUUUCUUUUAUUUUUACAAAUGUGCAGACUUGCCUGCAAAAGAAAAAAAUUUGGAUUAUUGCAGAGGAUGUGCUUCAGUGCGCUGACAUCAAAGAAGUUUGAAAAGAAGAAUUUCCAUAUUAUGUUUCUUUGUCUUGUAUCGUGUAUCUACAACAAUGAUUCGUAUUAUGGAUUUAACAUGGUGCGAGAAUUAGUACGGAUAUUUCCAAGAUCGAAUGUAUGGAAUCUACUAAAUGUGGUUGUCCAAAGAGCUGAAGAUUGUAGGCAUAAUAGAUUCAUCAUGCGUUGGCUUGCAAGGGAAGAUCCAUUUUCCUACUUGCAUAUAUUACAUGCUAAUAAUUGUCUGGUUUCUGGAACAUAUAAAUAUGCACUCAACGACUACAUGUCAUUGUUUAAAGCUGGACCUAGUGCAUUGCUUGCUUUACUGAUCGCAGUGACCCUCCUGCAGAUGGCAUGUCAAAAAUUCGCUGCAAAGAAAAAUCAACUUGUUAUUCAAGCUCUUGCUUUCAUCAAGAAAUAUUCACAGAUUCGUGGUAAGGACUGCGAACAGGAAUCCAACUAUAAUACUGCAAGAGCGUUUCAUCAAUUAGGUCUUCUGCCUGCAGCAGUACAUCAUUAUAAACUUGUAUUGGAAUCACCUGUUCCUGAAAUCAUUCAGCGAAAUGCUAAUAUUCUUGAUUUGAAACGUGAAGCUGCAUUUAAUUUACAUCUCAUUUACUCCCACACAGAAAAUCAUCAUAUGGCUAGAAUGUAUCUAGAAAAUUAUAUUACUGUUUAAGGGGUAUUAUGCAUAAUUUGAAUGUAAAGUUGGAAGGCAUGUUAUACAGUUAUUUAAUAAAUAAUAUUUUUAUACAACAAA